AUGAAUACUCUCUGCUGCAUGAGAAGAUCCUUCAAGGUUUACCGGAUGGUCGCGAUAGCCAACUCAGCUGCUCGUCCAGGAGAGGUGGAGGAGCGAGACAGGAAGUUCCUGGUUUGGACAUGCGGCAGGAAGUUUCGCAACGACGACUGUGUGGGGUACGCUAACAGGCUGCUGGGGCUGGCGUCGGCGUUUCUUGCAUCCGUUCUCUCCUCUCGCGCCCUCAUCAUCCUGUGGCACGGUGAGCCAGCGGUGGGCGGGGAGGAGGAGCUGACAGGCUGUGGAGGGGAGGAGAGUUUACAGCUGCACAACUUCUUCCGGUCGAGCUUGAUUGACUGGCGGUUCACCGAGGACGUCAAGAGGGUGAUCGGAGACCCACGCAGCAUUCCAUGGACGGAGCUUGACUUCACCACUCGACAUGUGUCGGAAUGGGACCAUUCCUCCCGAGUCGUCCUGGUCACGAUGGAGAAAGCCGACUUCCGGGACCUCUGGAGGUCCAACAGGGAAGAGAUCCUUCAGCUGGGGAUCAGUAAGACCCUGUUCGAGCUGGGGGUAGAUGACCAGGAGGAGAUCAUGGGGCGGACUCUUCCGCUCCUGCUGCAGCCCACGGGGAAAAUGCUAGAGCAAGUGAAUCGUUUUCAUCAUCUGGCGGGGGGUUGCUUCGUUGUCGGCUUGCAGGGAAGCUCGUCGGCUGCUACCUGCUGUCCUGAGCCCUACCAUGUCUCGGAGGGCGAGGACGUGGACGAAGAAAGUGAUGCUGUCACUUGA